UUAUUCAGAUUUAUUUAGCCUUAUAUGAUUUUCUGCAUAUAAGACAUGAUGUUCAAGAUCGCACUCCUCGUGCUGGUUUUAAUGUUUUGUUGUUUGAGGCACACGAUUGCAAACAGAGAUACGUUAACACCUCCGUAUACUUGCACCACAACAACGAGAAUAUGUAAUUCAGAAGAGUCGAAUUCUAUCAGGGAAUAUGAAAUGGCCGGACCUAAAGGUGAAAAAGGAGAAACUGGAGAUCCUUGCCAUUGUGAUGCUGCUGAAGAACAAGAUAUAGAAGAAAUUAAGGAAAAAAUGAUGCAACUGGAAUCUGAAAAUCAGAAUAUGAAAGCAACUAUUAAGCAGUUGCAGGAAACUUCCCAGAUGUUUCCUGCAAAUUGCUCCGAAUACAGAAAACAUCCCGCUGGUUACAGUUUGAACAAUGUUCCCAUUUAUCCUCUAAAAAUUGUUGGUGACGUAACACCCUUUAUCGUGGAUUGUACUAAUAGCAGUGAUGAUGACUGGAUUGUUAUACAAAGGCGAACGAAUGGUAAUGUGGACUUCUAUAGAAACUGGGAAAGUUAUGCAAGUGGAUUUGGCGACAGAGAUGGAGAGUUUUGGAUGGGGCUUCGUACCAUGCAUAAACUGACGAGCACUAGAAAUUACAAGCUUCGUAUUAAUUUAGUAUACAAAUCAGGACUGGUCACAACAGGCGAAUACAGUACCUUCAAAGUCGCUGGUGAAAAUUCGAAAUUUCAUCUCACAGUUUCGGGGCACUCUGGAAAAAUAAGUGAUAUGAUGGCACCUCAUAGUGGCCAUGAUUUCACCACCUACGAUGUUGACAACGAUUCGAGUAAAUCUGGAAAUUGUGCAGUCGAUUACAGGGGAGCUUGGUGGUACAGCAACUGCAUCUACGCACACUUGAAUGGAGAGUAUGAUGUGACCUUUGACUGGCCAUUUGGAGGCCAUCUUACUUUUAGUGAGAUGAAAAUUCGCGCUUCUGAUUAGAAAAAAAAGGUGAAACUUGUCAUUUCAAUUACUCGGCAAAAUAUAAGAACUAUUUGACCUAAAUAUUUUAAAUUGAAUUAUUCUUGUAAAGAAACUUUGACAAAAACCCAAUGAUUUUAACUGGAAAAGAAACAUUAUGUUGACAUUUGACAAUAAUUUGUUUCGUUAGCCAACAUUGUUUACAAAGUUGUGUAAUUUAUUACCAGUUUUAAUCGAUGGAUACAUCGAUCGAUUUUACAAGUAUGUAUGUAGAAUCGAUUUUACAAGUAUGUAUGUAGAAAUUUAUUUUAAAAUAUAAAAAUCUCCUCGUCAUGUCAACAUUUUUAUGGUGUGGAAAAUGCCAUGUAAUAAUGUUUUAAUCAAAAUAAUUGAAAUUACUUCACAUGUAGAAAUGAAUAUAUAGAUGAAAGCUCCUCGUCAUGUCAAAAUUGUUAUGGUGUGGAAAAUGCCAUGUAAUAAUGUUUUAAUCAAAAUAAUUGAAAUUACUUCACAUGUAGAAAUGAAUAUAUAGAUGAAAGCACACUAAUAUAAUCCUUGUUACAAAAUUUGAAAUUGACCGAGAAGAACAGACCAGAGACCAAUAAACGACAAUGACAUUAGCUAUCUUUGCGAUUUUUGUAUUGUCAAAAUAUAGGUUCAACUAUGUCGUGUCGGCAACUCGGAAACCAAUGCUCAUUUAGAAAUGAAAGAAUCAUAGUAUGCAGAUUUGCGUGCACGAAAUGUACAUAUAUAUAGAUCGUUGUGCUGAAAUGUAUUUCAAAUUUUUAGUACUCAAAGAUGGUUGAAAUUGAUUGUACGCUUUUCACUUUUUCAUUUUCAAAUUCUAUUUGAGUUUGAAUGGUAUCGAUAUUUUAUGCAAUUUCUGUUAAAGGGUUGUGCGUGUUAACGAAUCAACACAAUGUGUGACUUUUUGAUUAACAGUUGGAAACU